UUCGUUGUGACACGUCAUCACGAAUUACAAACAAACAUGGCGUCGCACGGCACUGGCGCGGCUUGUCUGACAGUUGCGGUUGCGGCGCUUUUAGCUGUGUUUUGUGGAACCGGAUCAGAUGUACCGGGUCCGGUUGUGUGUCUGACGGUGGUAACCGCGCUGGUGUCGCUGUGGUCGCUGAGGCUGCGGCGGCGGGACGCCGGGACUGAGCGGCGGGUGUGUGUGCUGGUGCUGGGGGACAUCGGUCGCAGUCCUCGGAUGCAGUAUCACGCUCUGUCCCUCAGCAAACACGGAUAUAACGUCACUUUUGUCGGGUUUUUAGACACCAAACCUCAUCAAGACGUCCUGCAGGAGGAGAGAAUCAGGAUCGUCUCCAUAGCAGAGGUGAAAGGUGUUGGAGUGGGACCAAAACUCGUCACAUAUGUGACGAAGGUGAUCAUUCAGUGUCUGCAGCUUCUGUAUGUGCUGCUGAGGAUGGAGCUGCAGUCUCAUCUUCUACUGCAGAAUCCCCCUGGUCUGCCCGGCAUCGCGGUGGCCUGGUUGGUGUGCGUCCUGCGCGGCAGCAGAUUCAUCAUCGACUGGCACAACUACGGCUUCACCAUCAUGGCCCUGAGUCACGGCCAGAGACACCCGGUGGUGCGAGUGGCGAAGUGGUACGAGCACGUCUUCGGCCCUCUGGCCACUCACAACCUGUGUGUUACCAACGCGAUGAAGGACGACCUGCAGGAAAACUGGGGCAUCAAGGCGACGACUCUGUACGACCGACCUCCAUCCAUCUUCAGAGAGACUCCACUGAAGCUGCAGCACGAGCUCUUCAUGAGACUGGCCAACACGUAUCCUCAGUUCCAGCACAGAGGGUGUGAGGAGGUGGAGGUGGAGAAGACGAUCUUCUCAGUUCGUGAUCUCACAGAUAACUCGGUGACCCUGAGGGCGGAGCGGCCGGCGCUGCUGCUCAGCAGCACCAGCUGGACAGAGGAUGAGGACUUCUCCAUCCUGCUGAAGGCUCUUCAGGAGUAUGAAGGUUUCAUUAAAGGCGGAGCUUCGUUACCGUCGUUAGUCUGCGCCAUCACAGGUAAAGGUCCUCAGAAAGAACACUACAGGAAGCUGAUAGACUCUCUGCAUCUAGAACAUGUGAAGAUCUGCACUCCCUGGCUGGAGGCAGAAGAUUAUCCUGUUUUAUUGGGUUCAGCAGAUCUGGGUGUUUGUCUCCACAAGUCGUCCAGCGGUCUGGAUCUGCCCAUGAAGGUGGUGGACAUGUUCGGCUGCUGUCUGCCCGUCUGUGCCAUCCACUUCAACUGUUUACACGAGCUGGUGAAACACGAGGAGAACGGACUGAUCUUCAGAGACUCUCAGGAACUCGCUCAGCAGCUCAAGUCUCUCCUGUCAGAGUUUCCCAGCUCAGAGGGCAGACUGGGUUUGUUCAGGAGGAACCUCCGCACCAGCAGAGGGCAGCGAUGGGACGACAACUGGGACCAGAACGUCCUGCCUCUCAUCACUGCUCCAUGAUUAAACACCAGGUUCAGUUUUUUAAAGGACCAAGACCAAAACCAUCAGACUAGAACACAUCCCAGUCUGUUUAAAGUCUCUCAGUGUGAAGGUGGAGAAGGUCAGAGCUGUUUCUUCUUCAGAGAGCUGACUGUAUAAAAGAGACUUUGUACAUUUGUAAAUUAAAUCUUUAUUGUGCUACAGUG